AUGUCGCAAGCAGCUGUGGCAAGCACUGGAAACUACAAAUUGCCGGACUUGAGCUAUACACCCGGAGAUCUUACCGAACCGGAAUAUCGUCUGCCCUCGCAUCAACAGUUGUUGGACCAGAAGCGAGAUCGUCAACAUGUCCUGGAACGGGAGUUGCCACUAAAUCGUCUAUAUCUGAGUGACAACUCUCCGGCGGAGCCGACACGGGUAAGAUUAUUCAUAAAAUCGGCGGCAGGACGACAAUUUCCGGCCUUGGCGGCAGCUCAGGCCAAGUACACGGGACAAUUGAACAAUACCAACAGCUUGGACAUUUCCGAGUUUGAAUUUUCACCCGGCAAGGAUCUCAUCUCAUUGCCCAUAGUCACUGGCGGAACGGUAGGAGCACUAGGAGCCGGAGGAGAACCGGAUCUUCUCAAGAAAAUGCCGCUGCACUCGAUCACGGAGAAGCCAAACGAACGUUGUCCCUCUCCCGUGGUGCCCGCCUAUGCCAACUUUGAGCUGGCCAAGCGGAUGCAUCAGGACAAUCUCGAUCAUCAACCGUUGCCGGAUUGUGUGGCGGAUUUGGCAUUUCGCAAGGCACAAAUCACUGGAGGACAUGGAGGACUCUCCCUCGACAUUGAUCCCAUUGCAACGGGUGUGGGUGUGAAGACCCACAACGCCGGACCGACGCACUGCACCAAGAUGAAGGUGUUCCGUCCGAAAACUGGUGCCGGUGUACUGCCCAAGGCCUUUGGAGGUGGCGACAAUUUUCGUGGCAUUGGCUCGGCGCCCAGCAAGAAAAUGGGUGCCAUGGAUCUGGCCAUCGGUUGGGACUUUAAGCCGGCGAAUCCCGCCGACGAACCGCGUCUGGCGCGGCACAUCGAUGGCUCCAAUGAUUCCGCCGGGCCGGCAGUCUUUACUUGUGUGAAAACCCCACGGGAGGAGCAUCAAUCCAAUGGAGAGUUGGGACGUUCGGCGGGUGUCUUUACCAGCACCUUGGGUGAACCGGAUUUCUUUGACAAGGAUAUUUUGCGGCGGAAGACGGACUUUGCGGGACGCGCCGUGGGGCGGGAGGAGAACUGUGCCUGUGACUAUUCGCCGCCAGCUGCGAUGAGAGCGCGUAGCGUCUCCAGAGAUUCCAGUGCCUCGCAUUGCCGGCGUGCGCCAGUUCUGGGAAGACUGGGCGGAGCUGGAGGCGGAGAUGGGGCUGAAGGCGGAGUUAGCUUCGGUCUGCCCGUAAAUCGUCUGGCCAAACAAUAUCAAUCCACGCCCAUGCUGGGUGAUAAGGCUUAUCAGGCGCUGCGCGAGAAAUACUUGGGACCCGACACGGACAACUGUCAUAGAGAAUCCUCGCAUGGCUGCCACCAUGCCACCGGUCCUGUCUGCAAACGGGAUCAGCUGCUGCGUCGUCCCGCCCGGCGACUCUGUCACAAAGUGGCGCCCGCUCCCAAAUGCUGUCCAACUGCCCAUGAUCAUGGACAUGGUCAUAGUCAUUGUCUGACCAGCAAGGCGGCUUUUCGUGCCGGAGUCCCAAAACUAAAUGCCUCUGGUGACUUUGUGGGCAUCUCAACGGGUUGCGGGGGCGGCUCAGCCGGCGCUGCGGGUCGUGUCCUGGUCGUGCCACGCCCCCGACAGCCGUACGCCAAGAAGAACUAUGACAUUGAUACGCUGGUGCCGCCAUUUCGUAGCCAGGGCGGCGGUGCGGGUCAAGGGGGCUAUCCGGAGCAUUGGCGUCUCGCCAGCGUCUAUCAACACGCCUACAAGCCCAUCGAUCAGCGACGGCGUCCAUUGCUGCAGACAGUCUACAAGUAG